AUGCUGUCUAUAAGUAUUCUCAGCUGGUUAGUGCUGCUACUGAUCCUAGCUACUGUUACUAGGAGUGAGCACUAUCACAUUGUGCCAGUGGAUUCAACUAACUUUUGUCAUGACUAUCGAAAUGGAACUUGUUUCACUCUCGAGCAGCUUGUUCAAACAGACGUGUUAUCUGGUGGAGACAAUCUCACCUUAAGCUUUCUACCUGGAGAUCAUGUUUUAACUGAUCGUUUAUUGAUUCAUAACUUCUCACAUGUGCAAAUCACUGGCCAGAACACAAGUACAACAACUGUAGUUGAAUUUCAUAGCAAUGGUGAGAUACUUUUUGUUGAAUUAAAUAUUGAAAACGUUGGUUUUGUUAGAGCGAAUUUAGGACCUCAAAACAAUGAUCAAACUUUUAUCAUUGAUGGUGCCAAUGAUGUGCACAUCAAAGACCGCUACUUUUCAGACUUGGAAAACCAGCUCGUUAAAAUUGCUAAUACUCAAACUGCAACAAUUGAGAGCACUCUCUUUAUGAACAACACUGAGUUCAACUACAACAGUGCUGUGAGCGGAGGAGCAUUACAAGUGGUAUCUGGUACUGCAGUGAUCACUUGGUGUAACUUCACAAACAACAGUGCUGACUAUGGUGGAGCGAUUGAUGUAGUCUCAGGCAGUGUGUCCAUCUCCAACAGUGAGCUGUCAAAUAACAGUGCUGACUAUGGUGGAGCGAUCGAUGUUGACUCAGGUAGUUUGUCCGUCUCCAACAGUGAGCUGACAAAUAACAGUGCUGACUAUGAUGGUGGAGCGAUUAGUGUUUAUUCAGGCAGUAUGUCCAUCUACAACAGUGAGCUGACAAACAACAGUGCUGCCUACUAUGGUGGAGCGAUUGUUGUUGUCUCAUGUAAUGUGUCCAUCUCCAACAGUGAGCUGACAAACAACAGUGCUGACUAUGGUGGAGCGAUUGAUGUUGUCUCAGGCAGUGUGUCCAUCUCCAAAAGUGAGCUGACAAACAACAGUGCUGACUAUGGUGGAGCGAUUGGUGUUGUCUCAGGCAGUGUGUCUAUCUCCAACUGUGAGCUGAAAAACAACGGAGCUGACUAUGGUGGAGCAAUUCUUGUUGACUCAGAUAAUGUGACAGUGUCCAUCUUCAACAGUGAGCUGAAAAACAACAGAGCUGGCUAUGGUGGAGCGAUUUAUACCGGCUCAGAUGAUGUGUUCAUCUCCAACAGUGAGCUGACAAACAACAGUGCUGACAUUGGUGGAGCGAUUUAUGUUGACUCAGGUAAUGUGUCCAUCUCCAACAGUGAGCUGAGAAACAACAGAGCUGACUCUGGUGGAGCAAUUUAUGCCGGCUCAAGUAAUGUGUCCGUCUCCAACAGUGAGCUGACAAACAACAGAGCUAGAGAUAUAGAGGAGUGA